AUGUUUAUCACUUUCUUGCUUCGAACCAAAGCAAACCCUAAUGAAAGAGACGACCUAAGCGAGACUCCCCUUUUGUACAGUUUGUCCUACCUACGUUCUCCAUGUAGUUUUGACGCCCACCGUCGGCUUGAUGCUCUUUAUCCGGCAUAUGGCGAUUAUUCUGGGAUUCAAGUUGUGAAAACCUGGCGUCUUCUUUUGGAGGCUAAAGCAAGACCUAAUGUCCAAGACGAAAAGGACAGGUCCCUUUUGCAUGUUCUCCUAUCCCUUUUACAAACUGGCCGUUUAGGAUCAUCCGAGGGGCUUGAGAUAGUUUGCAAUGGCACUGCCAUCUUGAAAGAGUAUGGAAUGGAAAUCAAUUCCAGAGAUUCUGAAGGGAACACAGCUUUACAUAUAUUGGCAAGCCUGAUGCACGCACCAAUCAGUGAUAAAAUGAUUAAAAUUGGGUCCGAAAUCGUCUCCCAUGGUGGAGCCGUCAAUUCAAGAAACGACAAAGGAGAUACGCCUUUCCACAUAUUAGUGAAGGAAACUUUUGUGCAAGAAGACUUGGUUGAACCAGAUUUAUGGAGCAGAAUUCUAGCCCUUGGAAUGAAUCCCUGGAUCGCAAACUGUAAUGGGAAGUGCCCAUUUGAAGUCCUUUUAGAAAACGAAUCUUUUGGAAGUGUAUUCACUCUUCCGAAGGCAAUUUUCGAAGACAAUCAAAAUCGAGACAUGGCUGAGUCUGCCAGGCGUUAUAGAAAUCAGAGUGGAGACUACCUACUUCAUAUGUUAUGCAUUAUUAAUAAUGAAAGUGUCCUGGAAAUCUGUGACUAUUUGCUGGGCCAUGGAUGUGAGGUCAAUGCGCAAAACGAGUGCAGACAAACACCUCUGCAUUUGCUAUGCAACAAAAUAAGUGAGACGGACUCCUCGCUUUCCCAACAAAAAAUCAAUUUAAUUCGACUUCUUGAAAGAUACAAUGCUGACAUGACUCUCUCUGAUAUUUAUGGGAACACUUGCAAGGAUAUGCUCUCUAAAUAUCAAAGGUUAGAGAUUCCCAAAAGAAUGAAAUGGAUUUCUGAAUCCAUCGUCCAUAAGGCUGUACUGUCUGAGGUUGUGCUUGGUAAGAAUUCUCAAAAUGUUGAAAAUUACCACCAUUAUACGAAGUCAAUAGGAGAAGGUACAUUUUCCUGUGUGUUUCCUGCCAUCAAUAAAAUGGAUGGCCGAGAGGUAGCAUUAAAACGUCUGGAAAAAGCGAGAUUAGCAAAGAAGGGAGAUAUGCUUGAGAGAGAAGUCGAGUGCCUCUUAAAAUUGUCAAGUUGCCCGUAUGUUGUUAACUACAUCGCUUGCACAAGAGAUUCCAACUUUGAGUACAUAGUUGUAGAGCUGAUGGAGGGUUCGUUGGACAAAUAUCUCAGUUCCACUGAAGGAUGCAGUCAGGCCUCCACAAUCUGCUCACAGAUUGCUCUUGGUAUGAAGUUUUUACAUAAGAGCAAUGUUCUCCAUCGGGAUCUGAAACCUCAAAACACUCUGUAUCGAACCAACCCAGAAUUUAUUGUAAUUUAUUUAAUAAUCUAA